UUACGAAAGUCAAAUAAUCGGACCAAGCGUACCACCGACAACAAGCUGCAGAAGAUGUCAAAAUUUCAUUAUUACGGAGGAUUAGAAGGGGGUGCUACCCAGUCCAAGUUUGUGUUGUACCGGUCAGAUGGGCAGAUCCUGGCAUGGAGCAAGGGGGAAUGUACCAACCAGUGGCUCAUAGGACAAGAUGAAUGUUGCAAACGAAUACACAAAAUGGUGGAGACGGCAAAACAGACUGCUAAACUUCCUGCUGAUACUAGAUUGAAAGCUUUGGGUUUGUCAAUGAGUGGAGCUGAUGAGGAAGAAAGUCAGAAACAGCUGAUAGCCCAGAUCAAAUCACAAUAUGGCGGGGACUGUGAAGAGGUUUAUAUCGCCAGUGACACAUGGGGGGCUCUUUUCACUGCCACACCGGCUGGUGGUAUUGUGCUAAUUGCUGGCACUGGCUCUAACUGUCAAUUGAUCAACCCUGACAACACUUCUAAACGGUGUGGUGGAUGGGGUCAUCUCCUUGGCGAUGAGGGGUCGGCGUACUGGAUCACCCAGCUGGCGCUCAAGACUCUCUUUGACCAUGAUGACAAUUUAAACAUCUGUCCCAACAGUGUUGAAAAAGUCAGGGAUAUCAUGAAAGACUACUUUAAGAUCUCAGAUAAAGUGGGCAUGCUUGACCACAUGUAUUCCAAGUUUGACAAGUCAAAUGUAGCAGGGAUGUGCAAGCAUUUGGCAAAAGGAGCAGAAGACGGGGACCAGCUUUGUCAACAUGUGUUCAAGGAAGCAGGAAAAGUUCUUGCCCGCCAUAUUGUAGCAGUGGAACCAGCUAUCGCACAGAGUCUACUUGAGGGAGAGGGUGGACUCCAUGUUGUGACUGUAGGCUCGGUAUGGAAAAGUUGGCAGUUCCUUAAACCAGGCUUUCUGGAGGUGUUGACAGCAGAACGGCCAGGAAGAAGAAUACGCGAGGUUACGUUACAGAGGCUAAAACAGGCGGCCAGUGUUGGAGCGGCUAGCCUCGGGGCCCGGGCUGUUGGAUUUAAACUGCCACUGGACUACAGUGCAAAUGCUGAGAUCUUCUUUCAUGGAAAAAUGUGAUGAUGUUUCCAAUUGCAGAAAUUUCCUCCUGACCAACAGUUGUUAUUAUGAUAAGAAUACUUCCAGAAAAAAAAAAUUAACAUGCAUUUUAUUUGUAUACUUAAAGGGAAAUGUCCCCGUUUUUUCUUCUUAAUAUAUCUAAUAAAAACAAUGAAUACAAUAAUUUCCCACUAGAUGCACAACAACAUGACCACGGCAUCCUUUGUGGGACCCUGAUAAAAUAUAUUUGAUUUAAAACUUGAAAUAAGAUUAAUUAAUUAAUAAACAAGAUUUUUAUUAAGAUUUGACCUAGUGACCUUAUUUUCGAUCAUAUGUGACCCAUUUUAUAUAUGUCCAAGAGCUUAUUAAGGAAAACAUUUUAAAUAAGUUUCAUGAAUAUUUGACCAUGUAUGAUGCCUCUUGUUUGUUCCAAAGAUAUUUCUAAGAUUUGACAUAGUGACCUAGUUUUUGACCCCAUGUGACCCACUUUUACAAGUAGUCGAGAUCUGAUCAAGGGAAACAUUCUGACCAAGUUGGAACAUUUUCUGAUCAAUGCCUACCAAGAUAUGGUUAUGGAUGGACGGACAAAAUAAUGGACGGACUGACAAUGCUAAAACAAUAUCCCCUCCCGAAACCUUCGGUUCGGCGGGGGAUAAAAUUUUCUGGAUAAAUCUACUAUAAAAGGUUAAAAUAAAAAAAAACCCAGCUAAUUCAUGAUACUGAUGUAAGUCUUAGUUUUGGUAUUUCCUGCUGUAACUCACAGUAAAAACAGGGAUAGUUCCCUUUAAUUGUGUAACUGUAUGUCUACAGACAGCCUUUAAAUUUGUGAUGUAAUGUUGUUUCAUGAGAACAUGUAAUUAUUUCAACUGUUGUCUUAAUUAUUAUCGGCAAAAAAAAAUAUAAGUGGAUUGAAAUUUAUUUGUUUUUUACUGAAUGUUGCAUUAAUUAUUGUGCAAGAGUUUGUGAGAAAACUUUCGUAGACAUUUUAUCAUAGAAUCAAGCAAUCAGGUGGUUGUUGUCAGUUUGUUUUGCUCGAAUGCAUCUUGAAUAAAUUAUGUUUGAUCACGUUUCAUUGUGCAACAUUUUCUUUUAUAUUGCAUUCAAUAUUCACCCUUGUCUCUUAAAAAUGGAAAAACGGUGUUGAUUUAGAUAAUUUUUGUCUUGAGGAAAUAACUGGUUAUAUAUAUAAUGUAUUUAAAAGUAUAUUUCAUGUGCAAGAGGGUUCAUAACCUUUCAAAGAUUUAGGGUACCGUAAUUGAUAGAUUGGUUUAGUUUCUAACUAUCAUUCAUGUCUAGGAAACUGACAGCUAUUAUUUACUGCAAAGGUUUUAGUAAAUAUUUAUAAAUGCAUACUGUUUAAAAUUAAGCAAAAGAGUUAUCGUCACAGACUUGGUGUUGUUGAUGUCGUUAAUAGUGCUGAUAUGCAAAGAACUUUAACCUUGUGUUGACAAGCCCAUUGACUGAUGAAUUACAUUCCUUGAUUGACUGAUGAAUUACGCCCCUUGAUUGACUGACGCCCCGCGAUUGACUGAUGAAUUACGCCCCUUGGUUGACUGAUGAAUUACGUCCCUUGAUUGACUGAUGAAUUAUGCCCCUUGAUUGACUGAUGAGUUACGCCCUUUGAUUGACUGAUGAGUUACGCCCCGUGAUCGACUUAUGAAUUACGCCCUUGAUUGACUGAUGAAUUACGUCCCUUGAUUGACUUAUGAAUUACGCCCCUUGAUUGACUGAUGAGUUACGCCCCGUGAUCGACUUAUGAAUUACGCCCCUUGAUUGACUGCUGAAUUACGCCCCUUGAUUGACUAAUGAAUUACGCCCUUGAUUGACUGAUGAAUUACGUCCCUUGAUUGACUGAUGAGUUACGCCCCUUGAUUAACUGAUGAAUUACGCCCCUUGAUUGACUGAUGAAUUGCUCAUUGAUUGACUGAUGAAUUGCUCAUUGAUUGACUGAUGAGUUACGCCCCUUGAUUGACUUAAGUUUAACAGACCAGAGUUGGCAACCUCUUGUGUUGUAGUGUCUUAAGCUGAUAAAUUGUUGUCUGCUGGACAGAUAUGUGGCAUAUGUUUUGUAUAUGUGGAAAUGGUGCAUUGUAUUAUUGUGGUCGAUGAUGGCCUACAUUGUAUUUACUUGUUCAUGUACUUUAUUGAUACGUUUUAUUGAAGCGUUCAAUGCCUAUUGCAAUACACGUGGUGUUCGUGUUUGUUUGCUUCUGGAAUGUGAUUUUGUGUUACACUAUAAUCAGAUCAUUUUAGAUCAUUGUACUUGAAGGGAAUGCGGACAAUAAUAAAGAUAAAAAUGG